UCAUAUCGGGCAAUAUGGAAUGCAGGCAGAUUGUGAUUUGAUCCACCAACAUCAUCUUGUCAGCAGGCGCAUGCGUACGGCGCGCAGUUCUUUCUCGGGUUCCAAAACCUCGAUCAUGGGACGAAGGGUUCUAGCUUCGAACCUUGAACCCCACAUAGCGUCUACGGCUCGAGACCAGCUACGUACAUGAGAACGGAAUGGGUUACAGUAGACAAUCAGAAAGGAUGCUCCUCGUCCAUUCGGUUCGAGCCAGGCGCAUAGGAGGCUCUCUGCUCCUCUUGGACCGCCUCAGAAGCGCUAAGCAUGCAGCAUCUCUGGAUGUUCAUGACUGGAUGCUGUCAGAUCACAGUAGCGCACCAUGCUCCAUCCUUUCCCACCCGCAGCAUGUGCGCGACCGAUGCGUGUCGAACGCAUCCAUAUCCUCGACCCAAACGAUGCACUGCAUCGUCACGCUCUUUGCCAAGCUGUCGCUAGAAAGCGUCAAACACACGUGUGUGUCGACGGGAGAAAUGCUCGCCGCAUGCUCUAUACACUACACUCGAUGCGGUAUCGAUCGAAGCGAGUGCAUCCCUCCCAGAGGGGCAAUCUUGAGCGGAGUGGCACGUUUUCGCAAAGAUCGAAAUACGAUCUGUUCGACCUGUCGUGUCGCUUUGGGUCUGCUAGCGCCUAAUGCUCAGGAGGAUGUUACAUGGACGAGCCUUUGCGCUGCGUGCUACGCGCGCUGGCCGGUUCACUUCAGCGCCAGCAUGUCGAGUUGCUAUGGCACACAGCAGCAUGUUCCGCCAUAGCACAACUCGUACCUUGUCGCGCUCGAGCACAAACGGCCUCCGAAAGGUAUAAGAUGGAGCAUCUCGAGCUCGUCAUUCCCAAUCAAUCUCUCCUCAUCA